AUCUGCUUGUCUUUCUUGGAGCUUUGCACAUGUAUCUCAUCUCUCCCUGGCCUCCGCUCUGUAGCUUGCCAAGCCCCCAGAAAGGAGGGUGGACCUCUCAGCAGUGGACCUCUCCUUUUGCCUCUUUCUCCAGGUCACUGGUCUUCUGGUCUGGACUUGACCCUUCCCUCAGAUCACCAUGGCCAUGGCCAAGGCCAGAAACCCCCGGGAGGCAUUGCUGUGGGCCUUGAGUGACCUUGAGGAGAACGAUUUCAAGAAGUUAAAGUUCUACUUACGGGAUAUGACCCUGUCUGAGGGCCAGCCCCCACUGGCCAGAGGGGAGUUGGGGGGCCUGAUUCCAGUGGACCUGGCAGAAUUACUGAUUUCAAAGUAUGGAGAAAAGGAGGCUGUGAAAGUUGUCCUCAAGGGCUUGAAGGUCAUGAACCUGUUGGAACUUGUGGACCAGCUCAGCCACAUUUGUCUGCAUGAUUACAGAGAAAUAUACCGAGAGCAUGUGUGCUGCCUCGAGGAAUGGCAGGAAGCAGGAGUCAAUGGCAGAUACAACCAGGUGCUCCUGGUGGCCAAGCCCAGCUCAGAGAGCCCAGAAUCACUUGCCUGCCCCAUCCCGGAGCAGGAGCUGGACUCUGUCAUGGUGGAGGCUCUAUUUGAUUCAGGGGAAAAGCCCUCCCUGGCCCCAUCCUUAGUUGUGCUACAGGGGUCGGCUGGCACUGGAAAGACAACUCUCGCCAGAAAAAUGGUGUUGGACUGGGCCACCGGUACUCUGUACCCAGGCCGGUUUGAUUAUGUCUUUUAUGUAAGCUGCAAAGAAGUGGUCCUGCUGCUGGAGAGCAAACUGGAGCAGCUCCUUUUCUGGUGCUGCGGGGACAAUCAAGCCCCUGUCACAGAGAUUCUGAGGCAGCCGGAGCGGCUCCUGUUCAUCCUGGAUGGCUUUGAUGAGCUGCAGAGGCCCUUUGAAGAAAAGUUGAAGAAGAGGGGUUUGAGUCCCAAGGAGAGCCUGCUGCACCUUCUAAUUAGGAGACAUACACUCCCCACAUGCUCCCUUCUUAUCACCACCCGGCCCCUGGCUUUGAGGAAUCUGGAGCCCUUGCUGAAACAAGCACGCCAUGUCCAUAUCCUAGGCUUCUCUGAGGAGGAGAGGGCCAGGUACUUCAGCUCCUAUUUCACGGAUGAGAAGCAAGCUGCCCGUGCCUUCGACAUUGUACAGAAAAAUGACAUUCUCUACAAAGCGUGUCAGAUUCCAGGCAUUUGCUGGGUGGUCUGCUCCUGGCUGAAGGGGCAGAUGGAGAGAGGCAAAGUUGUCUUAGAGACACCUAGAAACAGCACUGACAUCUUCAUGGCUUACGUCUCCACCUUCCUGCCGCCCGAUGAUGAUGGGGGCUGCUCCGAGCUUUCCCGGCACAGGGUCCUGAGGAGUCUGUGCUCCCUAGCUGCUGAAGGGAUUCAGCACCAGAGGUUCCUAUUUGAAGAAGCUGAGCUAAGGAAACAUAAUUUAGAUGGCCCCAGGCUCGCUGCUUUCCUGAGUAGUAACGACUACCAAUUGGGACUUGCCAUCAAGAAGUUCUACAGCUUCCGCCACAUCAGCUUCCAGGACUUUUUUCAUGCCAUGUCUUACCUGGUGAAAGAGGACCAAAGCCGGCUGGGGAAAGGGUCCCGCAGAGAAGUGCAAAGGCUGCUGGAGGUAAAGGAGCAGGAAAGGAAUGAUGAGAUGACCCUCACUAUGCAGUUUUUAUUGGACAUAUCGAAAAAAGACAGCUUCUCGAACUUGGAGCUCAAGUUCUGCUUCAGGAUUUCUCCCUGUUUAGCGCAGGAUCUGAAGCAUUUUAAAGAACAGAUGGAAUCUAUGAAGCACAACAGGACCUGGGAUUUGGAAUUCUCCCUAUAUGAAGCUAAAAUAAAGAAUCUGGUAAAAGGUAUUCAGAUGAACAAUGUAUCAUUCAAGAUAAAACAUUCAAAUGAAAAGAAAUCACAGAGCCAGAAUUUAUUUUCUAUCAAAAGCAGCUUGAGUCACAGACCUAAGAAGGAGCAAAAAUGUCCUUCUGUCCAUGGACAGAAGGAGGGCAAAGAUAAUAUAGCAGGAACACAAAAGGAGGCUUCUACUGGAAAAGGCAGAGGGACAGAGGAAGCAGAUGAGGAACACCAAAAAAUACUUACAUAUAAACCAAUUAAAUAUUUAAAAGAUCUCUAUGAGGAAAAUGACAACACUCUGAGGAAAGAAAUCAAAGAAGCUGUAAAUGAAUGGGAAGAUUUCCCAUGUUCAUGAAUAGAAAGACUCAAUAUUGUUAAGAUGUUAGUUUUCCCCAAUUUGAUCUGUAGAUUCGAUGCGAUCCCAAUCAAGAUCCCAGCAAAUAACUUUGUGGACAUUGAUAAGCUGAUUCUAAUGUUUAUGUGCAAAGGCAAAAGACUCAGAAUAGCCAAUAAAAUAUUGAAGAAGAACAAAGUUGGAGGAGUGCUGCUAUCCAACUUCUUCCUACUAUAAAGCUACAGUAAUCAAGACAGUAUGGUGUUGUUAAAAUAAUAGAGAAAUCAGUGGAGUAGAACAGAGAACCAGAAACAAACCCACACAAAAAUGGUCAAUUGAUCUUAGACAAAGGAGCAAAAGCAAUUUAAUGGAGAAAGUUUACUGUUUUCAACAAACAGUGCUGAAAUAACUGGACAUCCACAUGUAAAAAAAUGAAUCUAGAUGUAAAAUACAAAAGUACUAAUAUAAACUGCUAGAAGAUAAUAUAGGAGAAAAUCUAGGUGACCUUGGGUUUGGUGAUGACUUUUUAGAUAUAACAGCAAAAGCAUGAAUCAUUAAAAAAAGAAUUAGUUGGCUUCAUGAAAAUUAAAAACUUUUGCUCUGUGAAAGACACUGUUAAGAGAAUGAAAAGAUAAGCCAAAGACUGGGAGAAAAUAUUUGCAAACACAUAUCUGAUAGAAGACUUGGGUAAAAAAAUAUACAAAUAGCUCUUAAAACUCAAUAAUAAGUAAACAGUCUACUUAAAAAGUGAGUAGGAGGCCGAGGCUGGUGGAUCACAAGGUCAAGAGGUCGAGACCAUCCUGGCCAACGUGGUGAAACCCCAUCUUUACUAAAAAUACAAAAAUUAGCCGGGCAUGGUGGCGCACACCUGUAGUCCCAGCUACUCAGGAGACUGAGGCAGGAGAGUUGCUUGAAUCCAGGAGGUGGAGGUUGCAGUGAGCCGAGAUUGCACCACUGCACUCCAGCCUGGCAAUAGAGUGAGACUCUGUCUCAAAAAAAGAAAAAAGGUGAGUAAAAAGAUUGGAACAGGUAGUUUAUUAAAGAAGAUACACAGAUGGCAAAUAAAUAUUUGAAAAGAUGCUCAACUUCAUAUGUCAUUAGGGAAUUGCAAACUAAAACCACAAUAAGAUACCAUGACACCCCUGUUAGAAUGGCUAACAUCCCAAAUCCUGGCAACACUAAAUGCUUGUUAGGAUGUGGAUUAAUGGGAGCCUUAUUCAUUGCUAGUCAGAAUGCAAAAUGGUACAGCCACUUUGAAAGACACUUUUGCAGUUUUUUACAAACCUAAACAUAGUUUUACUAUAUGUAAGAUCUAGCAAUUAUGCUCCUAGAUAUUAACCCAAGUGAGUUGGAAACUUAUGUCCACAUAAAAACCUGCACAUGAAUAUUUAUAGCAGCUUUAUUUGUAAUUGCCCAAAUUUGGAAGCAACCAAGAUGUCCUUCAAUAGGUGAUGGAUAAGCAAACCCACAUAAUGGAAUAGUAUUCAGUGAUAAAAAUAAAUGAGCAAUUAAGGCAUGAAAAGUUAUGGAGGAGCCUUAAAUGCAACUACUAAGUGAAAGAAGUCAGUCUGAAAAGGCUACAUACUGUAUAAUUCCAAAUAUAUGCUCUUAUGAAAAAUGAAAAACUAUGGAGACAAUUAAAAAAUCAGUGGUUGCCAGGGGUUCAAGGAGAGUCAGGGAGAGAUAACUAGGUGGAGGCACAGGCACUUUAGGAUAGUAAAACUAUUCUGUGUGAUAUUAUAAUGAUGGAGUCAUGACAUAAAUUUUUCAAAACCCAUAGAGCUAUACAAUACAAAGAGUGAAUCCUAAUGUAAACUGUGGCUUGUACUUAAUAAUAGUGUAUCAAAGUUGGUUCAUCAGUGAUCACAAAUGUGUCACACUAAUGCAAGAUGUUAAUAAGAGUAACUUUGUGAGGGGUUGGUGGUGGUGGAGGGGGUAUAUAGGAACUUUCUGUACUUAAAAAAAUUUUACUGAAGUAUAAUUAGUUGAAUACAAUAAAUUGUGCAUAUUUAAUAUA